AGCUAUAUCAGAGCCUGCCAGCUACAAUGAAUAAAUUAUCCUACAGUCUCUCACUCUUUAAAGGUGCAUUACAUUUUAGCUCGUGCUGUUUAGAAAGCUGCUCCAAACUCCAGGCAGAUGAGAGCUUUAAACAGGAAACAUUCCCGCCUCUGCUGCAGAUCUCUGACUUCUACCCAGAGCGAGCCUGUGUGCUCGACAAAACGCCAGAGCAGCGGCAAGCUGAGUAAUCCCCAGGCAGGAGUCCAUUCUAGGAAGAUCAGGUUGCAAUCCUGCCUUUGUAGCUUUACACCACACCCCUUCAACGUGAAUUAAUAGGGGAGGAUCAUAUUCAGCUCUGAUUCAGGAAUUCCCUCUUUCUUCAAGAACUGUUGCUAGGAGUUUGGUGUGCUUGAAAAGCAGCAUUUGCAACCUUCAUAGAAGCAGAACAAAGGGAAAAUGAAAGGAAGAAAGAAGGGGCAUUCCUUACCUUCAACCUUUAUCUUGCUGUUCUUCUCUAUCGCUGGGCACACAACUGCUGAGCUGGAUGGCAGCAAAGAGCAUGUUGUGGGUGCUGCUUUGCCACCGCUGAAGCUUGGGCACUCAUUCUGUGCCAUGAAAGCAGAUGAUGGUCCGUGCAAAGCCAUCCACAUCCGCUAUUUCUUCAAUAUUAAAAGCCGCAAGUGUGAAGUGUUUGAGUAUGGUGGAUGCCAUGGCAAUGAGAACAACUUCCUAACUCUGGAAGAAUGCCAGAAGAAGUGUGUGGUAACAGAAUUGCCUCAGAAGAUGAUGUUAGCAAAAAUUAAGAAAGCAUUGUUUCUAGGAAAGCCUGACUUCUGCUUCCACGACCAAGACCCUGGAAUCUGCCGAGGCUAUUUUACCAGGUACUUCUACAACAAAGAGACAAAAUUGUGUGAAGCAUUCAAGUAUGGUGGGUGCCUAGGAAACCAGAACAACUUCAGGAGUUUGGAGGAGUGCCAGAGUACCUGCCAAGAAAACUCAAAUUUAUUGCCAACUGUUGCAGCAGAAGAGCAUCCCAACACUGUGAACAGUAGUUCCCCAGCAGAAGAACCCAGCCAGUCUCCUGGGAUUUUUAUUAAUUUGUUGCCAACUGCUCCAGAUGAGAAGUCCAAUGCCCUAAACAGUAGUUCCCCAAAGGAGGAGCGCAACCAGUUCCCCAUUUUUUUUGUUGUGCAAGAGGAAACAACAAACAGUUGGAAAGAGCCUGAGCAUUCUCACCAAGUAUUUAUGUUGGUUUUUUGCAUUUGCACUUACUUGUACUUUUGAGGACUGAGUGAUGACGUAGACACUCGCUAAGGUUUUUGCAUUUUAUAUGAUCUGUACGGUAACAGGUGUGUAGGUGGCAUUCCUGUGCUCUUUGCUUAGAAUGGAACGUCUAAUAAAGCAUGAAUGUGUGUUGUACUCUAUUUUUUGCCUGCACUAUAAUCCACAUGCACUGCUGGUUUGACGUAGGUUUUUGUACAGUUGUAUUGUUUGUUUACCACAUACAAAGCAUCAAUGCACUCUGUUAUUUAAAUGAAUGAAUAUAAAAGAGUAAAGGUUUUGCCAACCUCUUUUCCUGAAAACUAUUUGAAUUACAUCAUGUCUGGUAAUAAGUCUAGGGGCAGGAGGUACAUGAACAUUCCCUGAAAGUUUUUAGUCAUAAUAUGAAUGCCUGACUCCUCAAAACAGCUAACCUAUACCAGGAAAGGAGCAUGAUUCACUAUGUUUUCUCAGAGGAAAUGGAAGGGGGAUUGAUUGUGUCAGCAAUAGGGAAUUUUCCUGCUCAGCAGCAUUUGAGAGUGAGAGGUGAGGGUAAGAGAGAAUUGAAGAUUGGAUGGAACAAAGAGUCAGUGUAGCAGAAUGGGUCGGGUGGGGAGCACAGCCUUAGAAGGACUAGUGAGUUUCAGUGGAAAGUCUGAAGACCCAACACGUUCUUCCCUACUGUAUAACCUUUGUCUUGCACUUAUCGGCCUCAUGCAGCCUCCUGCUCCUAUUUUGUUUAUUAGCUUUCACCCUUCAGGCUGCUGGAAUGGGCUAAAAUCAUGUGCUUUUGUGCAAUCCCACUAGAGAGGAAGGCAAGGGUGUGGCCAAAGCCAAUGGCUGAUUUCUCCACAGAGACAUGGAGAACAUUGUCUCCACUGCUGCUGUUUCUAGAGGCACAGCUGUAAAGUGCAGUUCCAAGGCAGAGACAUGUCACACAAAUGUGCAGUGUAACUCUCUGUAACCUUUUGGGAGGGACAAGAAUUUGACGUUACAUAUGAGGUGAGGAUCAAGGUGAACUGUUUGGGAUGAAGUGGCUAAUGACCAUCUCCUCAAGCACAGGCAAAGUGGCUGAUCUGCCAUUGUGAUACCUAUUUUGUAUGUAUAUCGGCCUGGCUACAUAUCUUUUUCAACGACUAUUUAAAAAAUUAAAUAUAAUUUAGUUAAUUUACAUUAAAACAUGAAAAAAAAAAUUACAAGGAGUUGCCUCUUAUAGAAUACCUCACCUCACAAUUGACAUUGUAUUUCAUCUUGAUUUCAAGGAAAAAAAGUGUUGUUGGUAUGUGUAACUUGGUAACAAUAUCAGAUUAUUAGAUUUAGAACAUAGUUCUUGAUCUUCAGAAAAUUAAACUGUUCUAUGGCCAAAUAAAGCAAACCAUGGAUACAGACUACAGACAUGAAGCUUCUAGCAUGCUCAGCGAUGAAGUUUCUGCAGGAAUUGAAGAUUGUUCUGGUCUUACUCUGGUAAAAAAAAACCAAAACUAUAAUAACUUUUAUUCUGUGAAAACUAAGAAAAAGUGAGGCUAAGAAUCAAAGCUUUCAUUUCAUGUGAUCCAUGGUAGAAAAUUGCAAGUGCUAUACCUACAUUUGAUUUGUGAGAUUUAAGUGGGAGACAGGAUCAAAAGUCAAUUUUCAGCUCAGCGAAUUUGGAAUAGCACACAGAUGCAGGUCCUGUCAGCACUCUCAGUACAGAGUCAGGGUCAUCUUUUGCUGAUAUAAAUUGGCACAGUUCUUUUUACUUUAAUGGAUCUGCACCAAUUUAUACCUAUGGAGUAUUUUCAAGUGCAGAUGAGUCGUUAUUUUUGUAAUAGCCUGUCCACUUGAAGACUCUCUUAUUUUUGCUUUGCUGCAAUCAGAAAUGAGGAGCUGAAGUCUGCACAUACCAAAAAUCUGGUAAUAAAUCUGAAGCUUCAUGAACAUCACACACUCGUGUCUAGAGAGUAAUAGUGCUCACUGCAUUCCCUUUCCUCCCAAGAUAAUUUCAAACUUGUUUUGUACUGUGAUUAAUUAGCGGUCCAUUGUCACACAAGCCCUGCAAAGCCUGAGGAAUAAGGAUUAUUGUUGCAAUGCAGAGUUGGGGUUAUUUCUGAUAAAUGUGAGUCUGUGUGCCUUUUUCAGAGAUUCUGAAGUUAUGAUCAUGCUAUCUGUUUAUACCUCAGGGGGAUGGGUUUCAAGAAAGGGCUGUAUUAUAAGAAUUGAAUCUUAAACCAUACAAUGUGUAUCUCUUCUUUUUUAUGUAGUUUUGCUGUUUGUGGGAUUUUCACUUCUUUCAUUAUCUUUUUUUCUUCAUAGAAAAAACAGGAGAGAAAACCUUUCAACAACUCUCAGAAAAAUGAGGUUGUAAAAUGGAAACAUUUGGGAGAGAAACUCAAUAGGCAUAAUAGCUCGGCUUACUGUUCCAUCACAUCCACAAAUACAGCAUUAGGAGCUGGAGCUGAACAGGGACAACUCACCUGCUGUCAUGUUCCAGUGACAUUGUUUACACACUGCCUCACAGGCUUUCAGAUUGUCCUGCCAAUAGAUAUGCUGGGUAUGACACAGGGAAUGUUUUAUGCUUACCUGAAGUCAAGUCUUUUGGUGAUCUGUAUAUUCAAAUCAAUUCGUAAUUUUUAUGGUCUUCAGCAGAGAGGAAAUUAUGAUAAGUUAUUUAGGUUUUAUUUUAAAAUACUGGUUUGUUGUAAAAAAAUGGCUCUAAAUGGCAAGAUUAGGUUUUCUUCAUGGGGUGAUUGCUUCUGUGAGAGUGAAGAACAUGCAGAUAUUUUGAAGAUAAGCAAGAACAGUGUUUGGUUUUUGCGGCAUUUAUCUCACAACGAUAUAGGCAAGGAAUAACAUAAUUUUUGGGAAGAGUACAAGAGGGAUUCUGAAUAGCACUUGGCUGCCUCUCUGUGCACUGUACAUACACAGGCAGUCCUUGUUUACCUCAUCACUGGCUCCAUGGUUCCCCAAAUCUUGCAGUCAUUGUUAGAACUCCUUCAUGAGGGGACUGUGGACUCACUAGAGAAUCCUACAUGACAGAUAAGUAAUUUACAUUACAAAUUUAAUUACAUAUUUAAACUCACUGAUAUAAUUAACAAACCUGUGCUGUUUGGCCCUUUCCUCACUGGCAAACCUUUCUGCUCUGUUCUUUGUAGGUUCAGAAAUUAGUAGGUUAAAUAUGUAAACUAUGCUGGACAUACGCUUUGAAAACUAACAUCCUCUCCAGCUAGAGAGAGAUGAAAUUAGUUCCAGGCUCGAGUUCUCAGAGCAGUACCAAAAGCAUUGCCUUAGUUAAUUUAAUUACCAACUUCAUUUAAAAACCCCAGUAGGUUUAAUAUAGAUUUUAUCACAUUCUGGACUUCAAAUCUGGACCCAGAGUGAAACUUAGACUUCUAAUAAUGUCACAGUUAUAAAAAGAAAUCAAGGGGUUCUCAUUUUAUAACUUGAAACUAACUUAGUCUAUCUCAAAAAAGCAACUCAUUACUCGGUUUUUGAAUUUCAGGAUUUUUUUUAAUCAUAUGAUGUUGCUAACACACCAUUCUAUUCCUUUCCCAGCAGUUUUCCAUACUUUUUCACCACACCAGUUCAGCUGUUAUACAUGUCAGAUGAACCUUUCUUUUAGCAGGUGUGCUAUGUCUAAGACACCUAAGAGGUAGCAUGUGCUUUUUGGAGAUUUUGUCAGCCUCCCGAAUUGCCCAGGUUAAUACAUAACUUCUUGCUUUCAGCGACUGAUCUGCUUCCCACUUUUGUGACCACAGGAUAUCUUCAGCUUUGCUGUAACCCAAAUGAUUUCUCAAAUUUUUACUUUGCUUUUCCACUGAACCACUUCUCUGUGGCUAUGUAUCUUCAAGACUUCCAUCUGACUGGCUUCAUAUUUGCAUUUAUGCAUUCAGAUCCCAGCUACCUCAAUUCUGCUGCGUCCUGAAGGAAAAUGGUGCUCUUUUGGGUCCCAAAUAACUGAUGAUAUAAUGGCUCCCAUUCAGCUUCUUGCAGCCUGUGCAGCAAUUUUAUCAGUUCCAAUUUUGUGUAUUAGUCACUCUGGGGUGAUAGAUGAUAUAGUUCUUCCAGGUUUGGGAAUUCUAGCAUGGAUUUGCUUCUUGAACGUGUUCCAGUGCCCAGGUCCUUUGGCUACCUCAGGCUCAUCUCCAGUGUUUCAGUUCUCAAACUCUCACUUGCAAUGACCCUGAAGGAACAAACCACCAGCAUCUCCUCGGAAUGGUAAAAUGCUGACAGCAGCACUAACACACCAGAAUCUCCAUUAAUUUGCACACUUAUUCUUCACAUUCAGUACUCUUUUAUUCUGCAAGUUACAAGCUGUGUUUUUAUAACUGCUCAAUGGUUCCUGAUAGACCCUGUUACUUAGGUCUAGUUUUCUGUAGUCAUUCAAAAAACCCAACACUGAGGUAUUGAAUCUUACAUUGGAAAUGCUGGGUACUUUUACCUUCUACUUGAUUUCAGAAUGUCUAGCAGGGAUUUGCUCCAUUAAUUAUUAGAAAUAUUUACCAUAUUUUUAAAGCUGUCCACAUUUAAUUUAUCUCACUUCCCUUUCUACA